UCACGCGAACCAUCUGUGUUUCUUUGUAACCAGGCAACGAAAAGCUACGCGCUACAGCUGCAAGUAAACAUUAGCAUGAACUGAUAAAACAACGUAGAUAAGUUAAGAUUUAGCAAACGAUUUCUCAGCAUUAAGCUUCAAAAUAUUACAAUAUAUUUAAUAGCGUAAUUUGUUUUGUAUUUAAGUUUGCAAGAUUAUUAUUAUUAUUUGUUAGGAGCGAAAACUACCUUCCUCAACUUGACAGAAUAGAUUAGAAAACUCGUGAGUUAAAAAGAAAAAGUGUGGUCAGUCGUCUUGUGUUUAGACAUCAUGUUAGAAGCUGAAGCUAAAGAAGGGGAGCCAAGCUCAGAUGUCAGAAAAGUGGAAACAGAGCCUGAACUGAAGACGACUGGGCAGUCUCAAGUCUACACUGCAACCAAAGACAGUCUUUUCUCGAAGACAAGGCCUAUUGGAAACCAAGCGCUGUCAUUAGAAUGGGUCUUUGGGAUGAAUCCAGCUUUUCCUGUCUUCAGUUUGCAAGACCAUGAUCAACUGGUGGUCCUUUAUGCUGGAACUAAUGUUGGGAUCAUAUAUAAUCACACCACAAAAUCCCAGCAUUUACUACAGGGUCACUCCCACCCCAUCUCAUGUAUGUGUGUAAGUGAAGAUAGACGUUGGAUUGCAACAGCAGAUCGUGGGUCACAGAGGAUGGUGAUGAUAUGGGACUCCUACUCUGGCAUUCCUGUGCAGACAUUUUUUGACUGCCACCCUGAUGAAGGUGUCAUUGCUAUGGCAUUUUCAAGUGACACAAAAUAUCUGGCAACCCUUGGUAGUGAAGAAGUUCAAUGUGUCUGCAUUUGGGAUUGGACCAGUGAGGCACAAAAACCCUUAUGUUGCACCAAACUUGAUCCCAAUCUUGGUUUUCAAGAUUACAUUAUUUUUAAACCAGGGGAUAGUACUCAGCUCCUCAGUAUCAGUAAAAGUCAUGUCUUAUUCUACAGCAGGGCAAAGGAAAGUCUGCAGUUCUUUGCACUGAAGCUCAAGAAGUUCAGUGACGCAGCUGCAAAAGCUCUUCGUGCUAGCGCAUUUACUCAGCCUUCUCCUGAUGCUUCUACAACUGUCCACAUCGCUGACAUGUCCCUCAGUCUGUCUGUGUUUCACUUGACAAAUCCUCAGAUCCUAACAGCCACUGCAGGCAGCAUAGUGGUGUGGGAUGUCAAGGACUAUUUGACUGAUCAUCAGAGCCUGCACUUUAAAAAAAAAAAACUAAUUCACCUUCAGGACCACCUGAUCACUUUUCUCACCAUGACUGAUUGCUAUAUCGUAACUGGUGAUGUUUGUGGCCAAAUCUACUUUUAUGAUGAAUUAUUAAGGGUUCUCACUUGGUACAGUGACUUUAAUCUGGACGCUAUUGUUUCCAUUUCCUUUUCCAAAGAGUGUUCAGAUGGAUAUCUGGAGGACCACACUCUGGAGGCCAAUCCAUUAAUUGUCAGGAACUUUAUAGUGUCAACAGUCAGUUCCAAAGUUGUGCAUGUAAAAACACAGAACAGCAUCCCACAGAUUCUCCUGCAUGAGGAUCAUGAGCCUGUCUAUGCCUUGGCAUGCCACCCCAAUCAGCCAGCUGUGGCCAUGGGUAACCAAAGGGGCACUUUAAAAGUGUGGGACUACAACAACAAAACAAUCAUUGGCAGCAGGGUCUUUGAGACAGAGAAGCACAUUCAAUGUAUGAUUUUUGACCCUAAAGGGCGAUACCUAGCUGUUGGUUUUGGCAGUGGAGCUGUUCACCUAUUAAAUUCCCGCACUUUGCAAAGUGAUCCGGAGGAAUGUUUCCAUUACACAACAGAAAGCAUCCACCUCAUCACCUUCUCCUUAGACUCACAGUACCUUGCCACUGCGGACACUGGCAAAGCAGUGACAGUGUUCCACUUGCAGAAAAAUAAAGAUUCCCUUCCUUGCUGGAUGUAUCUGGGAAGAUACUGCUCUCAUUACAAACCCAUCAAAGAUCUUCUCUUUGGGGUCUAUCUGGACAGCACCCAACCAAGACUGCUAUCUUUGGGAAUGGACCGCAAACUGGUGGAGUAUGACCUGGAAAAGAGCACUGUGAACAAGCUUCUCAUCCUAAGCUCGGAGCAUAUUGAACAAAGUGCUGUGCCCUUGUGCAUGACUUGGUAUCCUCCCCUUACAACAGAACAGUUUAUUCUCAUAGCCUCAGACCAGUACAAGAUGAAGCUUUUCAACAGCACAACCAAGAUGUGCAGAAAGACUCUCCUUGGUCCUACAUUUGGCACUCCCAUCAAACAAAUAUUGGUUCUUCCCAAGUCUAACGAACCCAAGAGAAGCUCCUAUCACAUGGCAUACAUCACAGAGGAUAAGGUGGGCCUCCAGAUUUUGCCUCUGGAUGGAAACCCUUACAAGUCCAGUGCGCUGGUCUGCCAUCCAACAGGGGUGUCUGCCCUUGCCUGCUCCAAUGAUGGGCAAUUUGUUUUUACUGCAGGAGGAUCUGACUGCAGUGUCUGCUCAUGGGAAAUAAACCUGAGUGUACUGGAAGCCACGGCCACCAUGGGUGGAAAGGACAUGGUGCCCUUUUAUACUCUCUUAGAUGGAGGAAGAGAUGGCAGGUUUUACAGGGAGAUGGAAGAUGUUUUCUACUACUGCUUAAUCCGUCAUCAUGGCAUUGACUUGAUGAAGAAACAACAAGUGCCUACAAAAAUUUCCCUGUCAGAUGUUCCCUGUCUAAUGAGAGCACUUGGGUACUUUCCUACUGAAAAAGAGAUAGAAGACAUGCAAAAUGAGGUCAAAUUCAGCAAGUACGCCGAAACAGGAAAAUAUGUGACUGACAUUGACCUGGAGGAAUUUAUUAAGCUGUAUGUUAACCACCGGUCAGCUUUUGGCAUCUCAAGCAAUGAGAUUGUCCAGGCUUUUAAAGUCCUUGGUAACACUGACAGUACAGGACGGCAUGUUCUGCUAAGACAUGAGCUGCUAGAACUUCUUCAAGUUCGAGGAGAAUGCAUGACAGAAGAAGAGGUGGCAGAGUGUUUUACUACACUUUUAGGCCUCAAUAAAGAGGAAGAGGAAGAGGAAGGCCAUGCACUCGGUGAGGAUUCAGAGUAUUCAUUGGGGGGUGCAAUCCCAGAUGAGAUAUCUAUGGAAACUUUUACAGGUUACUUCCUGGGUUUACCAACCCCAGCAGAGCAGAGUCUCAGAUCUUCCUCUUCAGAGUGAUAAAUGCAUGGACAUGUUAGUUAGUAAAAUAAAGCUUUACAGUUACAAGAAUUUCAUUCUGCUGUUUUUGUUUGUUUGUUUGUUUUUUCGUUGUUGUUUUUGUUUUUAGAUGUAUUUUUAUAACAUGUCCUAACAGAGACAAUGUAUUUUGUGUGUGCAUUUAAAAUGUGAUGAAUAAAUGUCAUUAUUAGGGGGGAACUAUUUUAUUAUUUAAAAUUACAGUGAUUGCGUCAGAUUUCUUUGAAACAGUUACUCAUUACAAGGUAUUAAUAUAAUUUGUGACAAUCUAUUAGGUUUAUAAAGCAUGUAACAUACCUUGAAUAUGUCUGGACUACUUUACUGUCAAAUAUUGUAAAAACAUAUAAAGCUGGCUA